AUGAUCAAGAUUAUGACCACCGAGAUCAAGGCCAAGGAGAACUUGCUUGUAGUUAACGUGCAGUGCGGAAUCCACGCCCGCGAGUGGAUCUCGCACGCCACCUGCCUGUACAUUAUUCAUCAGCGCCGGUUCUUGCCAAUAGGUGACGCAGGUCGAGCGUCCCCUGCCGACCCGUGCUCCCUCACGUUCUACGGAGACUACGCCUUCUCCGAAAUCGAGACGCGCGCCAGUCGAGACGCCCUGUUGGGGAACCGCACAGAGUUCUUCUUCGACUUACACAGCUACGGCACGAUGUGGAUGUUCCCCUGCGGUCACACCGACGCCCGAGUUCCCGAGUACGACCAACUGCUUAUACGGCAGACGUUGUUUCGCCGCGGAUUAGGGAAGAACCGAGCAGCGGAAGCCAUUGAGAAAGUCAACGGUGCCGUCUACAAGGUUGGAGCGAUGUACGAGACGAUAUAUCCGAUGUCCGGAGGCAGCACAGACUGGGCGUACGACAAGGCAGGCGUAAGGAAGUCCUUCAGCAUCGAGUUGCAGCCCAAGCAAAGCCGUGUUUGA